UUUGAACUGGCGUCUGGCUUCCGCCGCCAGAUAGCAUGUUGCAGAAGCCGAGGGUCCGGGGCCGCCCUGGCCCCCCGACAGAGAGGGAGCGGGAGUGCGGCCGCGGCGGAGAGAGCCGGACCCCGCGGGGCGGCGCCACCGACGAGGUCCCGAGCACCUCCCGCGCGGCGGGCGGCUCACAGGAGGCCCCGGGCACCCGGUCACCGGGCGCCCGCUCCUCCCAGGCCGCCCCCGCCGUGGGGCCCAGGUCCCAGAAGCAGCUGGAGCUGAAGGUGGCCGAGCUGGUGCAGUUCUUGCUGAUUAAGGACCAAAAGAAGAUUCCGAUCAAGCGGAAUGACAUCCUGAAACACGUCAUCGGGGACUACAAGGACAUCUUCCCUGACCUCCUCAAACUCGCCGCCCAGCGCCUCGAGUACGUGUUCGGGUACAAGCUGGUGGAACUCGAACCCAAGAGCAACACCUACAUCCUGAUCAACACCCUGGAGCCGGUGGAGGAGGAUGCUGAGGUGAGAGGGGAUCAGGGCACGCCCACCACCGGCCUCCUGAUGAUCGUUUUAGGACUCAUCUUUAUGAAGGGCAACACCGUCAAGGAGACGGAAGUCUGGGACUUUUUGCGACGGUUAGGGGUGUACCCUACAAAGAAGCAUUUAAUUUUUGGGGACCCAAAGAAGCUCAUUACCGAAGACUUUGUUCGCCAGCGUUACCUGGAGUACCGACGCAUACCCCACACUGAUCCUGUAGACUAUGAAUUACAGUGGGGCCCACGAACCAACCUGGAAACUAGCAAGAUGAAAGUUCUUAAGUUUGUGGCCAAAGUCCAUAACCAAGACCCCAAGGAUUGGCCAGCGCAGUACUGUGAGGCUUUGGCAGAUGAGGCGGCCAGGGCCAGACCUCAGCCUAGUGUCCCAGCCCCCUCCUCGUGAAAUCCGAGGUAGAUUCAGAGGGACUCCUGGGAGAGGGAUCUGGGACUAAAGAGAUGGGGAAGGGGGAGCAUAUUUCUGUAACACUUAAAUAUGUGUAACUGUAGGAUAUGCUUGCAAAGAUUUGUACUUUUUUAUUCUGCUAAAUUAUUUGGUUCCAAAUCUACAUUUAUAAAGGAUUGCUUUGCUUUGCUUUGUUUUAGGUCUGUAUUUUUUUGGCAUAAAAAAUGUUACUAGCUUUGUAAAACUAAUUGGAAAACUUUGUGCCAUGAUCUGAAACAGACGUGUAAGAAAGAACACAUUAGUAAAUUGCUUUGGUGCUAAGAAAAAAACACAGUAGGUAUCAUCUGGCCUCUUUACCCCAGUUUGUACGGGAAAAUAAAAGUCAUUAUAAAUUAAAAUGUAAUUGCCUGUAUCCUUGUUACCUUAACAACCAUUUUGUUUUUAUAUUUUUUUAUGUAUUUAAGCAUUUUGCAUGGUUCCGAGCAAGGUACAUAUAGUAUUUUCUCUGAAAAAACUUUUUCUUUGUAUAUAAUAUGCAUAGUCAUUAACUAGCUGUGUUGCUGCCCAUUAAGUUCCACUUAGAUAUUAUCUUUUUUCUUUUAUUUGGCUAUUACAGUUAUUGUAAUAAACUAUUUUUGAAGCAGUUAAGCAAUGUUUGUUUUUUUAAUCAUGUGUUAUGAGAAAUUAAUUUUGGCUGGAAACCAGCAUCUUAAAGAAACAAAUGAAAGACAGUUUGUGCUACAUAUAGUAACAUAAGUAGAAUAUUAUAGAUGUUUCACUUUAGUAUGUGUAAAU